CCACCGUAGCUGCUGUGAUCACGUGGGAGCCUGAUUGUCAUGGCGGCGGCCGUCCGGAAGCCGGUGCUGCUUGGACUUCGGGACGCGGCGGUGCCGGGCCGUCCCACGGGGCCCGGAGCGUGGACCGCGAGUAAGCUGGGCGGCCUCCCGGACGCCCUGCCCGGCGUGGCGGCGCCUAGGCCGCGGUGUGCGCGCUGUGCGCAGCCGCUCGCGCUCGUCGUGCAGGUGUACUGCCCGCUGGAGGGCUCCGCGUUCCACCGGCUUCUGCACGUAUUCGCUUGCGCCCACUCGGGCUGCAGCGACGGCGGGACAAGCAGGUGGAAAGUGUUCCGCUCCCAGUGUCUGCCAGUGCUAGAGAAAGAGGCUCGGGAUGCGCAGAAACAGGAAAAUGGCCUUGCAGCUGAGAACUGGUGUGAAGGUGCAGGUGACUGGGGAAGUGACAGUGAGGAGGCGCCUUGGCCGCCACUCACCUCAGAUUUGGGAAACAAUUCUCAUGGUGCCAAAGCUGUAGACUGGACUUCGCAGCUCCAAGCCCUCCGCCUGCAGGACACUGGCCUGGGUGCUGUUGACCCUGCCCCUCCCGGGGAAGGCCUGUCCCUCCCUUCUGCAGUGCCGCAGUUCCAGCCCUUCUACAUCUGUGUUGCUGAUGAGGAUGAUUAUGGAGACUUUGUGGGCCUAGAUCAUGCCCAGAGACUUCUGCAGGAUUACCAGCAGAGAGAAGGGGUCUGCAUGGAGCAGCUGCUUUCCCAGAGUUCUACUAACAGUGAUGAAAAAUACGAGAAGACCCAAAUGAACAGUGGAGAUCAGAUGUUUCACAAAUUCAUGAAGAGAAUUGCUGCUUGUCAGGAACAGAUUUUGAGGUAUUCCUGGAGUGGACAGCCUCUCUUUUUGACCUGCCCCACAUCAGAAAUAUCUGAGAUCCCAGCCUGUGGCUCCUGUGGAGGCCAGAGGACAUUUGAGUUUCAGCUGAUGCCCGCACUGGUCAGCAUGCUCAGCAGUGCUGAUUUAGAUCGACUUCGAACUUGACACAUAGCUAAAAAUACCCACGAACUUCUGAUUUUCCUGCCUCUGUAAGAUGACUCGGUAGGUAAAGUGCCAGUCUUGCAAGCCUAACAACCUGAGUUCAGUCCCCAGAUCCCAUGGUAGAAGGAGAAAACCAAUUCCUGAAAGUUGCCCUCUGAUACCCACAGGUGUACCCUGGCACACACUCAGCUACACUCUCAAACACAUCCUACACACACAUACACUAAUAAUUA